AUGGGCCCCUGUACCGCCUCCUCAUGCUGCUGCCAGGCCCGUAAUCUGCUAUAGGCCCCCGUACCGACUCCCUCAUGCUGCUGCCAGGCCCGUAAUCUGUCAUGGGCCCCUGUACCGCCUCCUCAUGCUGCUGCCAGGUCCAGAGUGUGUCAUGGGUCCCUGUACGGCCUCCCAUUGCUGCUGUCUCCAUCGCCACACUCUGCCAUGUGCCACUUUCAGGUCUCCUCACACUGCUGGUGGUUCCAUUUUGUCAUAGGGUGCUGUAUGGCCUCCCAUUGCUGCUGCCUCCACCGCCACACUGUGGCUCCCACACUCUGGUUUUGGCCCCGUGACUGCCCAAAUGAGUGAAGUGUGCGGUGAUUCUAAGAUCGACGGCACUCAUCUGCAUGUCAUACUGACUGACAGUAUUAUUUCUCUUCCCCAGCAGACUCCAAGGGCAUUUAAAUUAAAGGUACAGUGUUCUGCACUAAUAUAA